GUCAUUAUCAAACUCAGUGAUGGAGAGCGCACCUCGGGCAGAAUUACCGAGGAGCAUGUCGGCGCAGCAGUGUCUGCAAUGCAUCGCGACGGUCUAGUGGUCCUAGAGAAUGCUGUGGAUGUCGAACAUAUUGAUAAGCUGAACUCGAUCCUCAGCAGCGAAGCUGAGGCCAUGGCCAAGCUUCCAACGACGCAUUUUAACGAUAACUCGAGCGAUGGCAAACCCACAGGCAACAUGUCCCAGGGCCCGCCCCUAAAGUCCGACCUGAUGUAUACCGACAUCUGGGCUAACGAGCCCGCCUGUACUGUUAUCUCUGCUGUCAUGGGUCCCAGUCCACGGGUGAACUAUGUCAACGGGAACACUGCCCUGGGAGGCUUCAGCGGUGCGCGCCAGCGUGUUCACGCGGAUUUAACCUUCAACCAUGCUAUGUUUCCCUUCGCCAUCGUGACAAACUACUAUCUCUGCAAUGUCUCUCCGGCCAAUGGGUCAACGGAGCUCUGGCUUGGUUCUCACCGCGACACUUCGUUCCGCGAUCACCGCAACUGCCGCCAGACUGAGAACGGGGCUGAGUAUGACAAAACAUUGGAGUUGGAUUUCGGCAUCCGUGACAGGCUGCUCGAAGAACGACGGGCAUGGGCUCCACCUAUUCAGCCCACUGUCGAGAAAGGAUCAGUGGUCAUACGCGACCUGCGACUGUGGCAUGCCGGCCUGGCGAAUCCUGCCACCGAGGCUCGGAUUAUGCUGGCUUUUGUUCACACACCUUGGUGGUACCAAUGCCCAGCCAAGGUGGUUGUUCCUGCUUCUGCUGAG